AUGCUCGAAUCCUUACGAUAUCUUCGAUUAUUACCAGAAGAAAAAAUUAAAUUACAAUCUCAACCAUUUGAUGCUAAAAAACGAUGUUGGGUACCAGAUGCAAAAGAAGAAUUUAUUGCAGGUGAUAUUGAAAGUACUAAAGGUGACGAAGUUACAGUUCUGAAAGAGAGUGGAGAGAAAGUUACAGUUAAAAAAGAUACUCUUCAACAGAUGAAUCCACCCAAAUUUGAAAUGUAUGAUGAUAUGGCUAAUUUAACAUAUUUGAAUGAUGCUAGUGUAUUACAUAAUCUUCGUACAAGAUAUAAAAAUUGGCUCAUUUAUACUUAUUCUGGAUUGUUUUGUGUCGUUAUUAAUCCAUUCAAACGAUUACCAAUCUAUACAAUGCCCGUUGUUAUGAUGUAUCGAGGAAAAAAACCGAAUGAAGUACCACCUCAUCUAUACGCAAUCUCUGAUAAUGCUUAUGCCAACAUGUUACGAGAGCGUGAAAAUCAAUCAAUGUUGAUCACUGGAGAGUCUGGAGCAGGAAAAACUGAAAAUACAAAAAAGGUUAUUCAGUAUUUUGCAUUGGUUGCUGCAGCAUCGGAAAAAAAAGCGGAAGAUCCGGGUAAAUUUAUUCGAAUUCAUUUUGGUAGUACUGGUAAAAUUGCUGGUUGUGAUAUUGAAGUAUAUCUAUUAGAAAAAUCACGUGUCAUUUUCCAGCAACCAUUAGAGAGAAAUUAUCAUAUUUUUUAUCAACUAUGCUCAACUGCAGCAAUUGAUAAAUAUCACAAGGAGUUAUUGAUCAGCACAGAUGCAAGUAAAUACUUUUAUGUUGCACAGGGAAAAUUAACAAUUGACGGUAUCGAUGAUGCUGAAGAAUGGAAAUUAACUGAAGAAGCUUUUGACAUACUUGGGUUUACUGAACUCGAAAAAUUAAAUUUGUUUAAAUGCACAGCAGCUAUAAUGCAUUUUGGUAAUACACAAUGGAAACAGAGACCAAGAGAAGAGCAAGCUGAAGCUGAUGGAACUGAGGAUUGUGAUAAAGUUGCUCAUUUAUUAAUGGUUGAUGGUGCUGAUCUCAUUAAGGGUUUACUGAAACCACGUAUAAAAGUCGGUACUGAAUAUGUAAACAAAGGUCAAAAUAAAGAUCAAGUUGUUAAUUCAAUUGGUGCUCUAUCGAAAUCAAUUUAUGCAAGAAUGUUCAGUUGGUUAGUCGAACGUGUCAAUGUAACAUUAGAUAUUAAAGCACAACGACACUUUUUCAUUGGUGUAUUAGAUAUUGCUGGUUUCGAAAUUUUUGAUUACAAUGGUUUCGAACAACUAUGUAUUAAUUAUACAAAUGAACGCCUUCAACAAUUUUUUAAUCAUCACAUGUUUGUAUUAGAACAAGAAGAGUACAAGAAAGAGGGUAUUCAAUGGGUAUUUAUUGAUUUUGGUAUGGAUUUACAACAGUGUAUCGAUCUAAUUGAAAAACCCAUGGGUAUUCUAUCGAUUCUUGAAGAAGAAUGUAUCGUACCCAAGGCUAGUGAUAAGACAUUUGUUGAAAAAUUAUACUCAAAUCACUUGGGUAAACAUCCAAUGUUUGGUAAACCAAAACCAGCCAAAGGAAAAGCGGAAGCUCAUUUUGAAAUUCAUCAUUAUGCUGGAUCAGUUGCAUAUACAGCUACAAGUUGGCUUGAAAAAAAUAAAGAUCCCAUUAAUACAACUGUUGCAACUCUGUUUUCAAAAUCCAAAAAUCCAAUGUUAUCUCAUUUAUAUGCUGAUGUAGCACAAGCUGAAGAAGAUGAGAAGAAGGGUGGUGGUGGAAAGAAAAAAGGUGGUGGUAGUAUGCAGACAAUUUCGGCAACUCACAGAGAACAAUUGCAAAAACUGAUGAACACAUUGAAGCAGACACAUCCACAUUUUGUUCGUUGCAUUAUCCCCAAUGAAAUUAAAACAGGAGGUGUUCUCGAUUCACAUUUGGUACUCCAUCAGCUUCAAUGUAACGGUGUACUCGAAGGUAUCCGUAUUUGUCGUCUUGGUUUACCAAAUCGUAUGAUUUAUCAAGAAUUUAAACAACGUUAUUCGAUUUUGGCACCAAAUGCUGUACCAAAAGGAUUUGUUGAUGCUAAACAAGCAACUGCUGAUAUUUUAAAAGAUAUUGCUUUAAGUGAAGAACAAUAUCGUAUUGGUAAUACAAAAAUAUUUUUUAAAGCUGGUGUACUUGGCUCCUUAGAAGAUAUGCGUGAUACGGCAUUAAGUGUUAUCAUAUCUAAAUUACAAUCACAACUUAGAGGUUAUGUUAUGCGUAAAACAUACAAACAUAUGUUAGAACAACGACUAGCACUGCAAGUUGUUCAACGCAAUAUUAAGAAAUAUUUAGCCUUCAGAAACUGGGGCUGGUGGAUAUUAUUUACUAAAAUUAAACCAUUGUUAAGUGUUGCAAGACAAGAAGAAGAGUUGAAGAAGAUGGAAGAAGAAUUUACAGCAUUAAAAGAAAAUUUAGCUAAAGAAGAAAAGUUAAGAAAAGAAAUGGAAGAUAAUACUGCUAAAUUAAUCAAAGAGAAAAAUGAUUUAUAUCAACAAUUGGAAUCACAACGUAAUUCAUCAUCAGAUGUUGAAGAAAAACUAACGCGUUUAGUAACACAAAAAGCUGAUUUAGAACAACAAGUUAAAGAUUUAGAAGAAAGAUUUGGUGAAGAAGAAAAAUCAGCACAAGAACUGACCAAUAAAAGAAAAAAAUUAGAAAAUGAUAUUGAUAAUUUAAAAAAAGAUAUUGAUGAUUUAAGAUUAAAUCUUCAAAAAUCAGAAAGUGAACUUAAAGCAAGAGAAAGCAAAAUAAAUCUGUUACAGGAUGAAAUGUCAGCACAAGAUGAAUCAUUAGCUAAAUUAACGAGAGAGAAAAAGCGAUUGGAAGAACAAAAUACUAAGACUACUGAACAAUUACAAGCUGAAGAAGAUAAAGUCAAUCAUCUGAAUAAAUUAAAAACAAAACUUGAGCAAACAUUAGAUGAACUAGAAGAUUCAUUAGAACGUGAGAAGAAAGCACGUGCUGAUUUAGAUAAAUCAAAACGAAAAUUAGAAACAGAUUUAAAAACAACUCAGGGAAGUUUAGAAGAAAUGGAAAGAGCUCGACGUGAACUAGAAGAAAAUUUAAAACGAAAAGAUAAAGAAAUGCAAACAAUAGGAAGUAAAUUAGAAGAUGAACAAGGCCAAGCUUCGGGUCUACAAAAGAAGAUUAAAGAAUUACAUGCAAGAAUUCAAGAAUUAGAGGAAGAAAUGGAAAAUGAGCGACAAGCAAAAGCAAAAACCGAGAAACAACGAGCAGAUUUGGCAAGAGAAAUUGAUGAAAUGAAUGAUAGAUUAGAGGAAGCUGGUGGUGCAACAACAUCUCAAGUUGAAAUGAACAAAAAACGUGAGGGUGAAUUGGCUAAAUUGAGACGAGAUCUGGAAGAGGCCAAUCUUCAACAUGAAGCAACAGCAGCUCAAUUGAGAAAGAAACAUCAAGAUGCAGUGAAUGAAAUGGGUGAACAAAUUGAUCAAUUACAAAAAUUAAAAAAUAAAUUAGAAAAAGAGAAGCAAGGUGUUAAAUCAGAGCUGGAUGAUUUACGUACACAAGUUGAACAUGUAACGAAAGGAAAAGUAGCUGCUGAAAAAUUAGCAAAACAAUUGGAACAACAGUUGACAGAUCUUCAAACGAAAUUAGACGAAAAUACUAGACAAAUUAGUGAUUUUACUCAUCAUAAAGCAAAAUUUCAAACAGAGAAUGCAGAUCUUAUUAAACAAUUAGAAGAUGUUGAACAUCAAGUAGCUUCAUUAACUAAAGCUAAAACACAAUAUCAACAGCAAGCUGAUGACGCUAAACGACAAUUAGAAGAUGAAUUAAGAUCAAAAAAUGCAUUCACUUCACAACUGAGAAAUUUAACGGCUGAUUUGGAUCAAGCACGUGAACAACUUGACGACGAACAAGUGGCUAAAGCUGAAUUACAGAAACAAUUAACAAGAUUAAAUUCAGAAAAUCAACAACUGAAAGCAAGAUUUGAAGGAGAAGGUAUGUCGAGAAGUGAAGAAUUGGAAGAAGCCAAACGAAAAUUAGCGGCGAAAUUAGCUGAAGCUGAAGAACAAGUCGAAGGUGCUCUGACAAAAUGUAAUGCCUUGGAAAAAGUAAAAGCCCGUUUACAAGGUGAAGUUGAAGAUCUGAUGGUAGAUGUUGAACGAGCCAAUUCAAAUGCUACAGCCAUGGAUAAAAGACAAAAACAAUUUGACAAAUUGAUCAAUGAAUGGAAACAGAAGUGUCAAGAUAUCACUGUUGAAUUAGAAGCAUCUCAAAAAGAAGCACGACAAUAUUCCACGGAAUUGUUUAAAUUAAAAGCGCAAUAUGAAGAAUCACAUGAACAAAUUGAAGCGCUUCGAAAGGAGAAUAAAAAUUUAGCCGAUGAAAUUAAAGAUUUAAUUGAUCAAUUGGGUGAAGGUGGAAAAUCAACACAUGAAUUGGAUAAACAACGAAAACGUUUAGAAAUGGAAAAAGAAGAAUUGCAAUCAGCUUUAGAAGAAGCUGAAUCAGCUUUAGAACAAGAAGAAGCUAAAGUUUUACGUGCACAAAUGGAAUUAUCGACAGUCAGACAAGAUAUUGAUCGCCGAUUACACGAAAAAGAACAAGAAUUUGAAAAUACUCGACGUAAUCAUCAACGAGCACUUGAAUCAAUGCAAGCCAGUCUUGAGGCUGAAACAAGAACAAAAGCUGAAAGUUUUAAACAAAAGAAAAAAUUAGAAUCAGAUAUAAAUGAAAUAGAAAUUGCUUUGGAUCAUUCAAACAGAACAAAUGCUGAGUUACAAAAAUCAGUUAAAAAGGUUCAAGAGCAAUUAAAUGAAUUACAAGCACAAGUUGAAGAAGAACAGAGACAGAGAGAUGAAGCUAGAGACAUAGCAAUGGUAGCAGAAAGACGAGCUAAUGCAAUUAUUGGUGAAGCAGAAGAGUUGAGAACUGCAUUGGAACAAGCUGAAAGAUCACGAAAAAUGGCUGAAAAUGAAUUACAUGAAGCAGCUGACAGAAUCUCCGAUUUAAGUAGUCAGAAUGCUAAUUUAUCAUCACAACGACGACAACUCGAGUCAACAGCUGCGGCAAUGCAAGCUGAUUUAGAUGAAGCAGUAGCUGAAUUGAAAAACAGUGAAGAACGAUCGAAGAAGGAAGGUGCUGAUUCAAGUCGCUUAGCUGGAGAGCUUCGUCAGGAACAAGAACAUAGUAUGCAUAUUGAACUUUUGCGUAAAGGUCUUGAACAACAAGUAAAAGAUCUUCAAGCCCGAAUAAACGAGGCUGAAAGUAAUUCACUGAAAGGUGGAAAACGUAUCAUAUCAAAACUGGAACAACGCAUUCACGAAGUUGAAAGUGAAUUAGAAAUAGAACAACAUCGUCAACAAGAAACAUUAAAAGAACUACGUAAAAGUGAUCAACGUUUGAAAGAAUUAACAUUUGGUGCAGAAGACGAAAGAAAAAAUCAUCACCGUUUAAAUGACUUAAAUGAAAAAUUACAACAGAAAUUAAAAGUUUAUAAAAGACAAGUUGAAGAAGCCGAAGAAAUAGCUGCGUUAAAUUUAGCCAAAUAUCGCAAAGUACAAACUGAAUUAGGUAACUCGUUUUAG